GACCAAUCAUAACACAGAUAUACCCUUACGCACUCAAGCGGUCAUUACAAAUAAUUAGCCUUUUCGGGCUUUGGGCGAGGCUGAGUUAUCUUCGGGUGUUAUCGUGCACACCAUAAGUUGUAUUGUUGUCUGUGGAAAUACGAACAUUUUCUGUGUUCUGUACUAAUAUUCUAAUCAUUUGCUUGGUUUUUACAACGUCGUCUGUCACUGAAUCGUGUAUCACACCGUUUAUUCAUAUGUAGUGUUGCACCCAUGGCUGCACUUCCACCUCUUAGGCAGAAAGAUCGACAUCUUAUUUGUUUACUCAAUGGAAUACACGGUCGAUUUUAUUCGUAUUGGAUGGACAAAGCGUAUCUCAAAUGACCAUUUCAGUUCUGCAUGUACAAUAUCGUUACUAAAGGGACCUAAACUCAUACUGAUUGAUCCCGGUAGUCCAUGGGAUUCAUUGUGGCUUCUUUCCGAACUCCAAGCUCGUGGAAUAAGUCCUUUGGAUAUCGAUUAUCUCAUCUGUACACAUGGACAUAUUGAUCACAUUGGGAGCUUACACAUAUUUCCAGACUCUACGCGCAUUCUUGGGACAACUUUCGAGGUUCCGGGACAAAAUAACUGCUUUUCUAUUCUUAGGACUCCAUUUGAGAUAGACUCUAGUAUUCAUGUUAUAGCUACACCGGGACACACUCAGACAGAUAUAUCAAUUAUUAUUGAAAAUAUUCACCCGUUCGGUCGUGUUGCAAUAGUAGGUGAUUUGUACGAAUGUGAACAAGAUAUAAAUGAACCGUCUUUAUGGCAAUCAUCUAGUGACAAUCUAAACGUACAACAAAAAAACCGACAGUUUAUUUUCGACACAGUUGAUUUCAUCGUUCCUGGACAUGGUUCAGCUUUUAAAGUGCCUAAAGGCUAG